GCGGCGGCUCGGCUCGGCUCGGCUCGGCCCGGCCCGGCCCGGCUCCGCGAUGGCGGUGACUAAGAAGCUGGCGAUUCGCUUGGCCUACGCGGCGUUCGGGGCCGUGUCGGGACUGUCGGUCUUUCUCGCCUGGAACCUGGCGCCGAGCCUGCGGCAGCCAUGCACAGCUGCCGCCGGAGGGCUGGGCGGUGUCCUGGCGAUCUGGACCCUCAUCACCCAUGUGAUGUACGUGCAGGAUUACUGGAGGACAUGGUUGAAAGGGCUGAGGUUCUUCCUCUGUGUUGGUGUUUUCUUCAGCGUACUCUCCAUGGUGGGCUUCUGCAUCUUCCUGGCCCUGGCCAUCACGCAGCACCAGUCCAUCAAAGAUCCCAAGAGCUAUUACCUGUCCUGUGUCUGGAGCUUCAUCUCCUUCAAGUGGGCCUUCCUCCUUGGCUUGUACUCCCAUCGAUACAAGAAUGAGUUCGCAGACAUCAGCAUCCUCAGUGACUUCUAAGGCUCGGACUUGAAUCUCAACCAGGGAAGGCCCUGAGGUUCCUGGCAGAGGGCUGCUGGACAUCUGAGCAAAGCUCCAGAGCAAGGUGCUGGCAAAAAGGAUGCCCACAAGAAGCUGGCAACUGGGAACUUCUCUGCCAGUUUCAUUUGGGACUUUUCCCACUUACUUUUAUCCAGUCGCUUGCCCUCUUGGCUGGUUCUGUUAGUCCCGUACACACGCUCAUCUGUCACAAGGUGAUCUUGUUGUCCUUGUUUUGAGGGAUGAUUGAGAUGUACAACUCGAGCAAGGUUCUGGUUCUGUGUGUUCCCUCCUUCUUCCCAUUCUUUUUUUCCCCUUUUUGGUAAGGCUGAGGGUUAAGAUUGAAAAGGCUGAAGAAACUGGUCGAUGUGAGCACACUAUCUUCCAUUACCUUUUUCCUUUCGUGAGAUGGAGGUCAUUUUGGUUUUGCUUACAGAGGGCUGGGCAAAAGCCUCAAAGCUCUGAAGCCAUGGUUGGUUUGGACUCCUUUCAUACAGAUGUAUUUUUCAUAGAGCUAGAUCUACAUCCAUUCGUAGAAAUCUAUUUUGAAGAAUGCGCCCUCCCCUUCUUUCCAUCCAUCCUGCUCCCCAGGGGAUGUCAUAACAAUUCGCAGUUUGAAGAUGGUUGAAACUAUUGCUGUUUGCACACAGCUUUGUUCUUUGUCCCGUAUCUUCUCCUGGCCCUUCUAAGUGGGGAAGUUUAACGUGUGUGUGUGCGUGCAUAUAUGGUUACAAAAGAUUUAGGGAAAAUCAAACAGCUGUUCUGAAAGUGUGUCUUUGGUGUUGAAGAUCAAGCUAAUGGAAGAUCGAAACCUUUUGAGGCUUCUCAGUCACGCAAGGAACAAGUUGCUGCAUUUACCUUCCUAUCACAGGAUCUGUGCUCUUGUCUAAAACUGUUCUGUCAAAUCUAGGGAACUUGUGGCCCUCCAGGUAUUCAUUCUGCAGCUCCCAGCAGUCCUAGCCAGCUUAGCCAUUGGUGACAGAUGAUGGGAAUUGUACGCCGAAACAUCUGGAUGGCCACAUGGGCCGACCCCUGCAUUGCAUUAUAAAACAAAGAUACAUUUUGAUCCUAAUGUUCAGAUUGCAGAAACCCAUUCCUUUGUUGGAGAGGAAAGCUUAAGUGACGCAUGUCUCAAGCAUAUGCUUGGACCAAAGUGCAUAUUCACGCACAGGGGUUCCUGCCUUUUAUUAAACUACUGUUUAGGAUGGCAAUCUCAUCAGAUGGCACUGCAUUUUCGUUGUAGCAUUUUGCAAUGUGCUUUGUGUAGACCCCUUAGUUGUCUUCAGGAGCGGAGGGUAUGUGUAGUUUUUUUUAACUGUGUACAUUUGUGUGUGCAUGUGUUUAUGGAAAAUGUAGCCUUUGAAGGUUGAGCUUGGUUUGGGAGCAAAGCUGGAGAAAUGAAAUGGUGUUGGAAGCAGAGUGCUUGGAAUCUUCCCUGCCUUGCCUGGGUCCAAAUCUCUGUUUCUCCUCAGGCAAAAGAGAGAGCGAGAGAGAAGCACCAUUGCAGCCUCACGCAGUGCUUGUUGGUGGCUGUGCAAUUGACUUGUGUGGGGGGUGUUUCUGUAGCAUUGUUCCUCCUCCCCAUGUGCUCCCUUUCAUUUGUCGUGCUGAGUCUGCAUUCAGGUGUGCCGUUCCUCCCUUAAUUCAUGCAGAGCAUCUGCUUUCCAUCCUAGAGUAAGAGGGAUCAUUUUGCCUCCUUGGCCUGGAGCUUCAGUCCCACCCAGAGAAGAGCCCUUCGGUGCUGGGGCUAGUGUACAUGCUACUGGAGUGUCUCAAUAUAACUUUCCCACCUUCACACUUUUUUCUAACAAUAUCCUUACAAACAAUAUCUGCCUCAUCAACCCUGGCAGAUCCUAGUGUUUGCCUGCAAGCAGCAUCCUGAGAACCCCACGGCCCCUUCUAGGAGUUGGAAGCGGACAGCUUGCUGGCCUUGAACCCUCUGCAGCUCAUGAAAGCCUGCGAAGCCACUGCCAUGGUCUGAGGCCGGGGGAUCAAGGAAGACAGGUGCAGCAGCAUCUCCCUCCUUUCAGCCAAAGCCUGAGCUGAUGAAUGGCUUCUUGCACCUUGAAUGACAGCAUGUAAAUAGACUGUUCAUUGGCUGUGGCUGAGAGACCAAAAGACAGAUCUGAUUGGCUUGUGGCCUACUUAAUGGAAUGAGGGCAUACAAUCAUGGAACAGAUUCUCUAGAAAUGGGUCCUUCAUUGUGGUGAGCCACAAAAAAGCCACUGCUCGAGGAUCAGCAGGGAAAGCUGGAAUCAGCUGCACCACACCCUGUCACUCCUCGGAUGGCACUCAGCAGGGCUCAGAAGAAUCCUUUGUCUUGCACCCCACUCCUGUGCUGCUUUUAAUCACUCAUUUUAAAUCCCUAUUUAAUUCCACCAGCAAAAAAUGCAGCACCCUUGUGUUUUUGCUGUCUCUUCUCCAUGUGCAUUAUGGAGGGUGUUAACGCACAAACAGCUCAUGUAGGAGAAGGCUGAUGAUGUGCUACUUUUCUUAUAAAUAAAUGUGGAAAAUAGAAAGGAAAAGUCUGACUCUUUCUUGCAGAGGAAAUCCAAGGACAGAGAUCUUGAGGACAAAUCCUGAGCACAGGCUGAUGGUGGUUAGAUCUCUUUGGUGGAGUGGUACUCACUGGGUUGAUUGGUCUGAGUGUGUGGCCUCCUUCAGCGCCCCUUCAGUGAGGGGUCUUCAGGCAUUGGAAGGAAGGAAGGAGCAAAGUGCUCCAUUUAGUUUUGUGUAUUCACUGUGGAGGGAAGAAGGGAAGCGGGGUUAGCUUGGCACCAACAUACCUGGAGCCUUUGCACAGUUGAAGGCCAGUUUGCACAACUUCAUUUGUGAAAGACUGUAAAUCUGUUUUUCAGCAUACACUGCUCUCAUAAGGCAGCUUACAAUAUUACCAAACCCACACAUCAGUAGAAGCAAAUUAUUUGUAAGCUCCAAAUGCAGAUUGGAAUCAAUGUGUCCUCAGGCAAAAUAUCCCUGAUUAAAAAAAAAACAUAUUAAGAGUUUCAAAAUCAAAACCUCAAUCUAAAAAAUAAGCAAAGAAAUAAAAUAGUUUUCUUACAUGAAA